ACAAUACACAACCUCGCUUUGAGAAAUAUCAACAAAAACCCUUGCGAAAUGUCAACUCGCUGUCACAGUUGAUGACUUCUGCAGUUGUCAUUUGUGUGGGAAAACUAUCAAGGUUAUUCCAAAGGAUUCCCACAACAUGACUUGCUGACAAGGAAAUACACUAGCUUGUCUGCUAUUAAAAUAGACUUGGGAUUACUAGAUGUUUACGUAGCAGCAAAAACCUUAUCUCGUAGCCACUCGUAACCCAUGUUGCAUAGAUUUAGAUUUUUUACUUAGUAAUAUUUAAAUAGAUAGCUGGAAAAUGCACGCAUAUAUUGGAUUUGUGUUGCUGGUUACUAGUGUGCUUGCGACCAUCUGUGCCUUCAACCUGGAUGCUAGAACGGCCAAAGACUUCAAAAGUACAGAAAUAGGAGAUUACUUUGGCUAUUCAGUCGCGCUGCAUCAAGCUGGCAAUGACUUUUGGGCCGUGGUUGGAGCUCCGAAGGGGAAUGAUGGGAAAGCAGACCAAGGUGCUGUAUACCGAUGCAAUGUGAAUAGCGGUUCCGUCUGUUCGAAGCUGCAGGUCGACGAUAGCGAUAGCAGCAGCAAGAACAAAUCGCAGCAAUGGAUGGGAGGAUCAGUGCUUUCCUUUGGACCCGAUAAGGAAAUUGUAGCCUGUGCUCCAAGAUUCAAGGACAUAGUCAGUGGAUUGUGGUUACAUGGGCGUUGUGCAGUGUUCAAUGGAAAGGAUUUCUCGCGCAUCAGAUUUUGGAAUCCUUUUCAAUACUCAUAUUCGUACCAAAAGUUUGGCUACGCUCUGCAAGGUUUCAGUAUCGCGAAAAGUAUUUCGACGAGAAUGCAUCUCAUCACUGGGAUGCCGGGAGCCUUGAACAGCGCUGGGGCUGUUGGAUCUGAGAAGCUUGACAGUGUUACUGGGAAGUAUCCAUCUCGUUUUGGGCGAUCUGGUGACAACAGACUUACACGAGACGAGUACAUGGGUUACAGUGUUGCAUGGGGACAGUUCUCUGAUAUCAGCCAUCGUAUAUACGGAGAUAUUGUUGGUGGUGCUCCAAAAGGAACAUACGGGAAGGGAAAGGUCUUUAUUUAUGAAAUGGGUGGAUCUAUGAAUAUACACUCAGUGAUAGAAAACCCAGACCCAAACGCUCACAGUGGAUCAUACUUUGGUGCUGCUGUAUGCACAGUAGACUUAAAUAAGGAUGGAAAACCAGACCUGUUGAUCGGUGCGCCAUUUUUCACGGUCGCGGAUGAGGAUGAAGGCAAAGUGUAUAUCUAUCUGAGUGACGCAAAAGGUACUGUAAACAAAGUUGGCGAUAUAUCUGGCGAGUCACGUGGUGGAAGAUUUGGAACUACCAUCUCAUCAGUGGGCGAUGUUAACCAAGAUGGUUAUCCAGACGUGGCAAUUGGAGCUCCCUAUGGUGGAACAGACGGUAAAGGUGCAGUUUACAUUUACCACGGAUCCAAAAAUGGACUGGAAACCACAGUUGUUCAGAAAAUAUACGCAUCAGAUAUGCCAGGGAAUCCGGCAGGUUUUGGCCAAUCGAUAUCUGGUGAACUUGAUAUUGACAAGAAUACCUACCCAGACAUCGUCGUUGGAAGUUACGCUUCUGGUCAAAUUCAUGUGUUAAAGAGUAGACCGAUAUUGACGUUUUCAACAAAAAAUGAACUGAACACGACGAAGGUGUCCAUAUCAAAAAGGGACAUAACUCCGUGCAGAGAAAUCAAUCGUGAAAAGUACCAGUGCGUCAAGUUAGAUUUUUGCUUAUCUUACACUGGCUCAAGUGUACCAGCAACAUUAGACGUGCGUACCGAAAUUGAAACAGACAAGGGAAAGAAGGGUCAAAGGCGGGCAGUGAUGUUGGAGGGUAAUGUCGAAAAAAGGAUGAUUUCCUUCCAGAAACAAUACACCAAAGGAAUAAGUCAAUGUGAAGACCGGAUCAUCUACGUCACACAAAAUCCAAAGUCACUGAGCAGUGGCAUCACAGUGAAUAUAAACUACAAGUAUAUGGAGCCAACAAGUGGUUGCGGAGGCACAGUGUGUCCUAUUGGAGACUAUGCACGCGAUGGAGCUCUGAGUAGAGAUCUACAACAGGAGAUAACAUAUCUUCGAGGAUGUAAAAGUGAAACAAAAUGUAUCGCUGAUUUGGUUGUUCUAAGCAAAGCUGAAAUACCUGGUGGCUUAAAAGAGAUUGAGUUUGGGGUGGUUGAACAAUUUUCGCUGAAAAUCAACCUGGAAAACAAGGGUGAAAAUGCCUUCCUAUCAAAAAUGAAUAUCCUGUAUGAAGAUGAUUUUGAGCUGAUUGGAGUCACCUUCAUCAAAGAGCAGUCACCUCUUCGGGAAAUCAAGAGGGAGAAUGACAAGAACAAACUCACCUUUUCAUUGCCAAGCCCUUUUGCACCAAACAGGAAGCUUGAUAUAGAGGUGAGAUUCAGUGUUAGUAAGCUGCGCCCAAGCAAGCAGAAGCUUUCUUUCGUAAUCACAGCAACCAGUGAUGGAAGUGAUGAAAAAAACGCCAAAGAUAACAUAAACGAGAUUAUUCUAGCGGCUACAGUGCGAGCGGAUCUAACUGUUACUGGUUCAGCAACGCCGUAUAAGAUAACUUAUGAUCAGAAGCCGAUAACAAGUGGCAAGCUCACUAAUGAGAGUCAGGUUGGAGCGAUUGUCAAUUAUAAGUUUCUGGUGCAAAAUUUAGGCCCAGCUCCAGUGCAAGGGAUCUCUGUGCGCAUAGGACUUCUGGCCAAGCAUCAGAGUAAAUAUGUUGCCAUGCUGUUUGAUGCUCAGAUUGGCAAAUCUUCUGGAUGUAACACGACAGGCAAAAUAAAUCCUGAAAAAAUGGUGCUAGAAACUUUCGAUCUGACCAACAAUCGCAGCAAAGCAACUACCAAUGAAGUCAAGGAUUUGACAGACAUUAAUUGUCGAACUGGAUAUUGCAUCCCUGUCGAUUGCUACAUCGGUUUCUUGGGAAGUGGAAAGGAGAAGGAGGUGACACUUAGAACCAGAAUAUAUCAAAAUACAUUCAUUGAGGAAAAAAGAGGAUUAUCAAAGAUAACUUCUAAAGUAAGUGUCAUUAUAGACGAUAACGAGAAGGCUUUUCUGCGUCAACCUGUAAACCAGAAGCCGGACUUGGCAAAGGUGAGCGUGUUUGUUGGACCUUAUGUUGAAAGCAAGAAAGGAAAGACAGAAGAAAUCGCCUGGUGGAUAAUUCUGCUGGCAGUUCUUGGAGGUGUACUUCUGAUUGCCGUCACUGUCUAUGUUUUCUACAAGGUUGGUUUCUUCAAACGCAAAAGAGUCAAUGAUAUCAGUGGACCAACUCAAGAUGAAUAAAGCAAAAAUUGUUAAAGAUAAGAAUAUUUGCUAUUCAAAAACGUAGUUUUAAAGUCUGAUUCGAAAUGUUAAUUCUAUUAACUAAUGCACAUCUAGAUUUUGUUUUCAUUUAUUGUAAAAACUGUGAAUAGGGCAGUUUAGGUGAGUAUACAAAUGUUACAAAAGGGCUCCUUACCUGGGUAAAGAAAAAACUUUUUGUACUUGCACCAAAAAAGGGCUGAAUAAUCAACUCAGGGGCGUCAGCAAAGGGAGUACAGGGGGAAGGUGCGGUUAGGGUUUAACCAUUUUGCAACAGUUGUAACUUAUUAACAUUUCUGUGUAGUUGAACUUUCAAACUAUGGCACUAGAGUAUAAAUUUUGAAACAGAAACGCAUAAAAGUAGCAUGUAAGAGUAUUUGUCUUUUGACAAUACCCUUGAUGAGUGAGAUACGCCCUUUUUGUCGGCAAAAAUCACCUCUUCACCCCUCCAAACAACUUUCUUGGCUCCGCCCCUGAAUCAACUGCAUAUCGCUGGCUUGUUUUACAUGCUCAGCUAGGAUGCAGCCGUAGCUAAGAUACACAGAGUGAUGCUUCGAUGAUUAUUUACCUUGGCAGUGGCAUCUCCUAUUCAUUCAGUUUUAAUCAACAAUCCAUCUAAGGGUCAACUUUGGACCAAAGGAUUUUUGAUGUACAAUCACUGCCAAAAUUACUUGGAACACCCAACACUUUGCGCUAUGUUUUCUUUUCUCGUUUAUUUUCCCGAAUACUGCUACUUCCGUCCCCCUUUUCCCCAAAAACAAUGUUGAAAGUAUAGAAAAAUAUCAAACAAGCCACCAGAAAAAACAUACUCCAUAACCACUUUCUUUUUCUAAAGUAAAUCAACAUUGUUCCUAGGGGUAAAGGGAGUGGCUGAAUUUGCCCUUGAAAACGUACAUUGGUGUUUCAAGACUCUUUGCAGUGAUUGUACGGUAGCCAAAGAAGGAAGUUUUGGUUCCCAACAACGUCAAACAAAAUGAUGACGUCACUCACGACUUUUUGGAAAAUAUUAUCGUACAGACAAGUCGUGUAAGAGGUUUUUCAAACGUCCCGUUGUAUUGAUGGUCUGGGGCUCUCAAAUGUAGUCAAUCUGUUUAUAUUCAUAUGUAAUUGUAAUAUAGAAAAUUCAAAUUUAAAGCUGCCGUUUAAUACGUGUAUAUCAAAACUGAGAGAUAAAGACAUUGUUAUUGACUUUUUGGAAACAGAUGUUUUGUUCAAUAUCUAAGGUGAUCAUGUAAGGUUAUAAUAUCUUCCUCUGUACCCUUCGUUCGGCGAACACUUGACUUUUCGAUUGUUUGUAAUUGGAACAAA